GUUUUACAAAUUACAACGCUCUCUCUCUCUCUCUCUCUCUAGCUAACACUCAGAAGCUUGAGCUUUAUUUGCAUAUAUAUCCUCCAUUAAUUUUGUUUCACACGGUUAAUUUUCUUCGAUCUCUUGUUUCUCUUUCUUUCUUCCUUUCGUGGGUAAGGUUUCUUCGAAAAAUUUAAGCUUAGAAAAUGAAGAACAAGGCUUCCCUUGUCAUCAAACAGAUUCUCUCUACGUUGAUUUCUAUUGCUAAAGCCAAGUCAAUGGCCAUCAAGAACAAAACCAGCGCAGCCAAAGCUCGCCUUAUAAUGUUCUCCUUCUUGAAGAACAAGAAGGUUCUACUGCACUCACUCUCCCACAAGAUCCAUACACUUCUUGGACAGCAUGACAAGGAAAGCCAAGCCGAGGCAGCUGACGAGACCAAUGCCAUAGUUCUCUACCAUGCCAUGGCAAAUGAGUCGCAUUCCAGCUCCACUACUCUUACCCAGUUGGUGGAAAAGGUGGAGGCGGAUGAAGAAGAUGAUGAUGAUAAGUACCCUGAUCUCAGGCACUCGCUAUUUGAUGAAGAGGAUUUCGAGUUUGAGGAUCAGGAUGGGUCAAUCAUUGAUCUGGUGCGGAAUUCCAAGGAAGAAGGGGAGAAUUUCAGCCUGGAAGAUGAGAUUGAUCAGGUUGCAGACUUGUUUAUAAUGAGGUUCCAUAAACAGAUGCGAAUGCAAAAGCUGCAAUCAUUCAAGAGGUACCAAGAGAUGAUGGAGAGAAGUCUUUAAUCAAUAAUAGUGAGUGAUCAUGGAGCUUCUUUUAAUUUGUUUACCCUUCAACCGAUCAACGCAUUACGCAUGCAUAUCUGUUUGCGACAAGCUAGGAUCGAUCUUCUCUAUUUUAUGAUCGAGAUGAUCUGUUCCAAGCUGCUUGAUAGAUGAAACAACAUCUGAUCCUCCGGAAAAGAAAUGGAAACAAAUAACGAUCUCUGGGCUGACUUCUUCUGUUACUUCCAUCCUGCCCAUUGCCUCUCUUCUCUUAGCAUUGUUAUUAAUUUGGGCCAAUAAAGCUGUAUGCUUAUUAUU